AUGUCUCUUCCAGUCCUCCCGACACACUCAUUUCCUACUGUCCCUCCGAUUACUCCCACUCCACCUGUCUACACUCGCGCGGAAGGCGUAAGGAAGCGACAUCUCGAAUCUCUGCCCGAAGUGUCGGAUCACUGGACCGCUCCCUUCAGGGACGGUUUACCAACUCCUCCCAGCGACAUGACCGGCGUGGCCUACAACAGCAUACCCCCGUCCAGCUAUGGUUCGAAAUUGGAGGGCAUCACCCUUCCGCCUUACGCCAAAGCCCCCAACUACUCGUGGAUUCCCUCGGAGCCGUCGAGUGCCGUGACGCUUUCCAACCACCGAAACCAUGAGCCGUCGAUCCAGAACGCCCCGGCCUCGGAACCGGAGAGUCGGAAGAAAAGCACCAAUUCUGUUCCCUCAUAUCUCAAAGUUCCUCCCUCUAUCAAUAACGGCAAGGGAAGCUUGACUGAAUUUGCUGCGCAGAUGACGUGCCUCUUUUGGUUCGAAAGCACUGCCAAGUUGAAGGCCAUUGAAGACCGCCUGAACUCCGUUCCCUUCCUUGUUCCGGAGGCCUUUCCCACGGCCGGAUUUCAGAAAUGGGUGACGAAUAUCCUCUCGACCACCCAAGUGAGCCAGAACGUCAUCCUACUGGCAUUGAUGUUCGUCUACCGCCUGAAGAAGUUCAACCCCGGAGUGCGAGGGAAGAAGGGUAGCGAGUAUCGUCUCAUGACGAUUGCCUUGAUGUUGGGGAAUAAAUUCCUUGAUGACAACACCUACACCAACAAGACCUGGGCCGAGGUCUCCGGAAUCUCGGUUCAAGAGAUUCACAUCAUGGAGGUCGAAUUUCUCAGCAAUGUUCGGUACAACCUGUUCGCGUCUGAAGAGCAGUGGGCGGAAUGGCAUACGAAGCUUGCUCUCUUUGCCGACUUUUUCAACAAGGCGACUCCUGCACUGGAGAGCGAGAUGGGCCCAUCCCCCCCAGUCCUCCGCGUCUCGCCCAAUCUGGGACCGCUCCCUCGGGUGCCGCAGCUGUCAUCUCCAGUAUCCAAAUUGCCCUCGCCUCCCGCAUCCGAUUCUCUUCGCUCCCACAACUGGAACCUCCCAUUGAAUGGCCCAGCAUACUCGGCCGCUCCCCAGCCCCGGAACGAAGGACCCGUUCUUUCUCGAAAGCGUACUCGCGAUGAGCAGAUCGAGGAGCAUCCGGCCAAGAGAGUGGCAAUGCCAAAUUCCGCGCAGAAACCUCUACCUGUCUUGCCGCCAUCGUCGGCGUUGGCGAACAUGCCAGCAUUGCCUUCAGUCUUGACUCCGACAUCAGCCUCUUCACAACCUUCCCUACCCACAACUAUCUCGAGACUGCCUCCACCUAACUUCCCGCCGCCCUCCUCUUACGCCUACACCCCGUCUAUCCCGACCCCGGUAUCUCAGUACCCUCCCGCUGCCUCUCGCGCCAUGCAGUCUUCUUUCAACCCCGCUCCCACCUGGCCGUCUCAAAUGACUCAGUCGAUGAGUGUUCCGCCUAUGACCAAUGGACUUUAUGCCUCCAAUACAUCGAUCUCGCUGCCAGAUCCCGGAAGACUCAACAGCAGUCCGUUCGGAGUGUCAUCGGCCACCGUGUCUCCUGCAUCGGCAUAUUCCGUCCAUACUCCUCAAACCUAUCCAUCUCCCUCCUACCUCCUCGCGAACCGAAACUCGCCCUACCGGCCCGUGCGAAGCGUCAACACCUUGCUGAUCCCUCCGCCAUCCUCGUCAUUGCAACAGCAACGCAACAUUCCCUACGAGCACAUGCACUAUCAGCCACUCGGCAAGACCGCGGCCGACCGCAAGUCUGGUCUGUUGCCGUACCUCCAGCCCGAGGAUUGGUCGCAGGGACAGCAGUUCCUCCACCCUAUCUUCCACUCCACCCCGAACUACUAG